AUGCUUGAGACUCCGAGAUCCCCUUCCAGGUCAACCCGAAGAACUGAACCUCCGCGAGUAGGCGAAGUCCCUUCACUCCCAACAUCCUCACCCAGACGAAGAAACCAAAAGUCUAUUUUCAGUGACAGAUACAUUCCCAACAGGACAGGCAUAGAUCUCCAGGCAGCUUUCAGUUUAUCGAAUCAAGAGGUUCUUCCCGAUUUGAGGAGUGUCAAGCAUGCUGACAAUGAAAUUGAUAUACGCAAAGAGGAAGAGGCCAACCGUACGUUUUCAACCGUCUUAAAGGCCGAGUUGUUUGGUGAUAAUGUACCUAUGGCAGCCACAAACCUCACCACAGGUAACUUAUCUUCUAAUCGCAGUCCUAUCAUUAAGACUCCCGGUAGACCAAAUAGUGCAGGUAACUUGAUUCAACCAGGAAGAUCUUCAAUACCUAACAGUGUGAACCUAUCAGGAAGCCCUCCCCGAUCCGCAGCUUCGCUAGGGGACACUCCUUCAAAUCCUUCUCACACCACAACAAUAAAUGCUGAUGCCUCAACGGGAAAUCAAGGAACUAGUGCCGUUGCCGGCGCAUCUCUUGAUUAUGAUACGAGUGUCACCAGUACACCCAGAAGAAAAACAAAUCUUUUUACAUACCAGUCUCCUCAGAAAACGAGACCGGUCUCGAGAGAUUUACAAAGCCAAUUAUAUUCAUUAUCACCAGUGAGACAGGAAUCUCAAAAGCUUUUGUUGUCACCCCAAAAGAAACCAAGAAACAUACUGAAAGUCCCUUAUAGAGUAUUGGAUGCACCCGAGCUUUCCGAUGAUUUUUAUCUUAAUUUGGUGGAUUGGGGUCAGCAAGAUAUCCUUGCAGUGGGUCUAGGCGAUAGUGUGUACUUAUGGGAUGGUGCAACACAAUCGGUGGAUAGAUUGUGCAAUUUGUCAAACAAAGACAAAGUAACUAGUUUGAACUGGAUAGGCUCUGGUACUCAUUUAGCCAUUGGUACUUCUAAAGGUCUAGUUGAAAUAUGGGACGCUACAAAAAUCAAAUGUGUUAGGACGAUGUCAGGACACAGUCUCAGAGUGAGCUCUUUAGCAUGGAAUGAGCAUAUAUUAUCGAGUGGUUCACGAGAUAGAACGAUUUUGAAUCGUGAUGUGAGAAUAGAAAGUCAUUAUGUAAAUAAGUUUGAGACUCACAAGCAGGAAGUGUGUGGUUUAAAAUGGAAUGUCGAGGAGAACAAGUUGGCGAGUGGUGGUAACGAUAAUAAGUUGAUAAUAUGGGAUGGAUUGAAUCCAAAACCUUUACAUCAAUUUACAGACCAUGUGGCCGCUGUUAAAGCCAUAGCAUGGUCGCCCCAUCAAAGGGGGAUUUUAGCAUCUGGAGGGGGAACUGCCGAUAAAACGAUCAAAACAUGGAAUACAUUGACUGGAAACCUCGUACAUGAUGUGAAUACAGGCUCGCAAGUGUGCAAUUUGAUUUGGUCGAAGAAUUCUAAUGAAUUGGUUUCAACGCAUGGAUAUUCACGGAAUCAGAUAAUUGUGUGGAAAUACCCAUCGAUGCAGCAGAUUGCUCAGUUGACUGGCCAUACCUAUAGGGUGUUAUACCUUUCGAUAUCUCCUGAUGGUGAAACUAUUGUAACUGGAGCAGGUGACGAAACUUUAAGAUUCUGGAAUGUUUUUGAGAAGAGCAGGCAUAGUAAUGCCCAAUCAUCGGUAUUACUCGAUGCCUUUCUGCAGUUGCGUUGA